AUGAACUGGUGGAGACUUGAACCUUGCUGUCAUAAAGGUGCUAUUGUGCUGCCACCUCUUUUUGAAUUUCAUGAUGUACUAAAACUAAUUUUUCUUCGAAGGCAUCCACUAUCUAAUGUAUUUUUUGACCAUAUUUGCAAGUAUAAUGGUGCAAUGGCAUUUGCCUCACCUGACACAAAUAAUGUUCCAACUUUCAGACAACUAUAUUUUAUGGAAACUGCUAAUACACAAGUGUCUCGAAGUAAUAAUCCUAUUAAUACAAACCUUAAUUCUGUAUUACAAUCACUUUUGGAUUUAAUAAUUCGCCAAGAGGAGCAUAAUUUAGCAAUAGAACAACAUUGCCAACUGAUGGAAGUUGCUGCUAUUUUUGUUGACUCAGGGGAUUAUGAUUUUUCCUCUCAUUGUCUUGCUAUGCGACCUCACAGUGAUCAGCUCAGAACAAUCCCAGUAAUCAAUGGUAAUUGUGACCCUAUGUCAUACCUGCUGCUAUUUCCAAGAGAUUAUUUGGCUCUUGCUGCAGUGAAAAGAGGAACUAUUGUGAAACGUGCCAUUGUGUUAGCAUCGAGCUUUCCAGAAAGCCCAAGAGCUAUACAGCAAAGCUAUCAGGAUGCUAUGGCAAUAUGCAGAGCAUUUGAUAUUGUAGGCAAAGUAUUCAAGCUUAAACUUGAUAUGUUAAUGGAAGAUCUGUUAAUAAAUAAAAUCUUUGGAACUAUUGUUGCAUAA